GCCGAGCUUCAGUCGUCAGUCAGUCGAGCACUCGCUUACGUCUCGCUCGAACGCAUGCCCGCUCAACAAAGUUAUACUCUUCGAUACGCGUUGUGACGUCAAGUGAUGUGAAACUUGUGACAGAAAGACUAAAGUAUCUAAAAGUAUUAUCAAAUUAUUAUAUAGAGAAAUCAAUAAGUCUCAUCUGUGCAUAAGUGGACCUCAAAAGUCGAGGAAGUUUUAUUGCAUCGUUUGUGCCGGCACGCUAAUUGCUGUUUGCCGUAGUUGCGCUAUGGAGUGAGCAAGGCGACGCAAGGUGGGCGCGGACAAUGCGGUGGUUCAGGAAGGGCGAGCCGCCGCGGCUGCUGGCCGUGUCGCCCGACACAGAAACGCGAUCAACUCGUAGAUCCAGAAUCGGUACAGAUAUGUCCCCAGUGCGCUACUCAAACAGAAAAAGUAGCGGCAGCUCGGUGGAAACAAAUUUCUACAAUUUAAACGAUCAAAUCAUUAUUGUAGAUAAAUCACCACAUUUGUGUCGUGAAAUAGAAACUCCAGUAACUAGACGGGUGUCGUUACAAAAUGGUCCCACCUCACCACAAGAUAACUAUAACACGUGUCGCAAAAACCGCGGCGGCUCUUUAGAGAAAGAGUAUAUGGUGUACAGAGAAAAGCGCAAUCCGUUACUGGAUAAAGUGAAAAAUACUAAAUUAUCAUGUUUCAAAUCUAACGGUCCUCUGCGACAUUGUGAUGACGCCGCUUCGACUUCUGGAAGCGAUUGCAGUGGCUUCGGACAUGUAGAAGAUAUCAAUCGAUGUCGGUACCCCGGAAACUAUUCUGAAACGCACAAUGAAUUUGAGAAUCAUAACCCAUGGGUAAAAAUGGCAAAUUAUGAUGAUGAUGUAUUUUAUGCAAAAAGUACUACUACUAGUCCGGAAGAGUGUAGGUGGAGGGAAGGAAAGUCACUAAGUAAUAGAGGUACAAGAUGUUAUAGCUCUGGUUCAGAGUGUGACCGUUAUCAUGCCAUACCUAAAGCUGGAGCAAAGCUGUCAAAAUCCAGUGACCAAAUAUUCAACGACGAUUAUGAACCUUACGAUGAAGAUUUACCGAUUACAAUUAAAUCUGACAAGAAGACUGAUAAACAUAAGAUUAAAAAUGACAAAGAUACUAUUGGACCUAGUUCUUGUUUAUCCGCUAAAUUGAGAGCCAUGUCUGAUAGGUACCUUAAAUCAUCAACGAACAGAUUUUUUUCAAAACUUUACAAACAAAAUGGAGAGGAAGAAGAAGCUGUAAAUAAUGCUACUGAAAAUGCAACUAAACCCGCUGUUAGUAAAAGCCGUAAGAAAAGAGGGGGCGUAAAAGCAAAGCUAAGAAGCUUCUCAUAUGGAGCUUUGCCUGGAUUGGAUGAAUUUCAAAAAGGUCAAAGUGCGAUAUUCCACGAUGACAUUUAUCACGUUUCAUGUGACGAUGAGAACAUUCUCAUACAGGACUGUGAAGAUGCUGAUUCUGGUAUUCUUGUAAAUGAAUCGGCGGCAUCAUCUGUAUUCGAUAGUGAUAGAAUAUCGUCGCGUUGUGAAAGUUCUGCUUCUCAUUCCAAUUCUCAAGGAACUUGCCAUGGCAGAAGUGUUUCUGGCGACCAAACGUAUACAAAAGCCAGAGUUUCAGGAAGAAGAAGUAGAGAUAGAACUGAAUGUGCCAAAUCUAAAGCCCGUCACAACCAAAGAGCAUUGUCAUUAGACCGAAAGGAAAUACUUCGACGCAUGCCUAAAAAUGGUUUAGAUUACGACGAACCACAAUAUUUACAGUUGACUGAAAAACAAAAAAUGAGACAAAGAGAUGUAAGUCGCGGAGAUACAGGUAUUCCACCAAUUCCACCUUGUCGUAAACCAUCAAAAGGAAAUACUCACAACAAGGCACAUUCAGAAUUUAAAGUUGUCAGGAUUUUAAGACGAAAUCCUAGUGAUGAACUGGGAAUAUUUAUUGCUAAAACUAAAUUGUCUGAUGAAGGUCACGUAGGAUAUUUAGUUGCUCACGUGGUGCCAGGAGGUCUAGCGGCAAAAGAAGGAUCAUUACAAAUAGGCGAUGAGUUGCUGAACGUGAAUGGCCGCAGACUUCGUGAUCUGACUAUGCCGGAAGCUAAAGAAGCCUUGAGAUCAGGUGCAUCGGAAAUAGACAUCGUAAUCUGUAGACAACGGGAAAAAACAUCACCGGAGAAAAGACAAAAAGAGCCGCCGCAAAAAAGUCACGUACUCAUGCGGGAGAGUUCAGUAGACUACGAGAACGCUAUCAUAUUAGGAAAGGAAAGGGCUAUCGAUAAAUAUGACGUCAGAAUAGAGCGACGACAGCCACAGGACGAAUCAACGUGUAAUCGCGACGCGCUAUCAGCUGCGGACGAAGCGGCCGGCGGCGCGCCCGGCCCACCCGGCGCAGCCGGCGGACACUCGCAUUUCCUGAAGGGACAGAACGCGAGCUACAGCAGCAUGAACAACAAGCUCCUACGCCGACAGGUCGUCAGCUACGGCGGCUCCAAUAAAGAAGCGCUCACACUCAGCUGCGCCAGCGAGGUAGUCGACGUUGACACCCCGGACUGUGCAACUGAAAGUGCCGGUGACAAGAUAGAUAGUGAAAGUGAAGUUCAAACACCAAGCACGGCUAAUUUCUGCACGCUCCCUAGGCGACCGCGUGCGCCUACGCACACCUAUCACACCAUAACAUUUGAGAAAGGUCACGGCAAGAGACCGCUCGGGUUCACUAUAGUUGGGGGACGUGAUUCGCCACGGGGACCGCUCGGUAUCUUCAUCAAGAGCAUCCUUCCUCAGGGACAGGCAAUUGAAGAUGGCAGAUUGAAAGCAGGAGAUGAAGUCCUAGCAGUGAACGGUCAAGCCUGUCAUGAGUUGGCACACGUGGAGGCGUUGGCGCUUUUCAAAGCAGUGCGCAGUGGUACCAUAGAACUUAGAGUCUGUAGAAGAAUCAAAAGUGCACAAUCAACCAAAGCAAAAUCCUGUACAGACUUACUUAACGAUGACGACUGAGAAAUCUUGAAUAUCAAGUUGGAAAAUGUUAACUUAAGUUGUGCUUAAUCCCCAGUCAUUGUGUGGGUGUUCUUGCUUUAUUCCUUGCUUGUAUACUUAAGGACGUUGACACGUAGAAAACAAUUUAGUAAGCACAAAAGCUUAUUAAAAUGUAGCGGUUCUUAACAACUUAACUGAUAAGUUAUUUACGACAAGGUCACUUUAUGGAGUAGAAAUGAAUUAAUCAUUAGUAAUGUUGAAAUUAUUUAUUAAAAUAUAAUUUAUUCGUCAACCCGAAGGCAUUAAGUUGUCCUAAGUAAAUUUUAAUUGGAAUCUGUCAUUGCUUCAAGGUAAGUGACUUAUAUACCCAAAGUUAAAUUAAGACCAUGACUUAAAUUAAAACAUGUUCUUUCAAUUUUUAAAUGAUUUAUCAGCUCAAAUUAUUAUUAUAUUUAAAUUGUGACAAUUUUUAAUAAUAAAAAAUUUUUAAACCAGUUUUGAGUCUAUGAAUAUUUUAUUGUAAUCAGAAUAUUGAUGAAAUCUUAUGUCUUUAUGCGUGUAUCUAAUUCUGUGUUCUCUUUUAAUUUUUAAAUGAAAUAUAAUAAUGUGCCAUUAAACAAAUCUGUCAAUAUUAAAUUUCUCAACGCACUGAAACACUUUUUCUGUUCUGUACCUGAUUUAUUUUUUCCUUUUAUAACGCAGCUCAUAAAAUAGGUUAGAAAUUCUCCCAAAGAUAAGAAUUAGGUAGAUGUCUGUAGUGAAGUAAUGAAACUUCUUCAACAUAUUACAAAUUAAAAUGUAAUUGGGUAGUGUCAAAUUAAUAAAUUAAAAUAGCAGCACAAUGUUGUCAAUUUUAUAAUUUACUGGCUGGAAAUGAAUUUAUGAAUAAUUUUUUGUAUAGAUAUACGCUUGUUAAGUAGGUUGUGUAAGAUAUAUUUUGAAAAUACACGUGGAGUUUUGUGCGUAGAAAGCUUAUUGUUAUAUUUGUAAUAAAAUUACAGGACAAAAUUAUUUUAAACGUUUGUAGAUGUGCAAUAAAUAAAAAAA